GUCAUUUGAUCAGCUGUUCGUAGUUUUUAUUCAGUGUUUGCAUGACUUUGUGUUGAAAUUUCACGUUUUGUGAAUAAAUUGAGCAUUUUUGCAUGCGGAAUACGGGUUGACGACGAUGAAUGGAAUUAUUUGGAAGAAAAAUUAAGAUAAGAUUGAACUAUUUGUAUGUUGCUGUGGCAAUUGAAGUACUGCGCUCUUUCGACUGAAAUUAAAUCAUGAACAAUCCAAUCCUAGAAGACAAAGGCUAUUUCUACGGUGUCUAUUUGCUAUGCAGCCAGAGUAACAAUCCAAAAUUUCGCAAUAGAAACUACAUUGGCUUCACGGUGAAUCCAAACCGACGGAUAAUUCAACACAAUCGUGGUAAUAUGUAUGGCGGUGCCAAGAAGACUAGUGACAAAGGACCAUGGCAAAUGGUUUUGAUCGUUCAUGGAUUUCCGAAUAACAUUUCGGCGUUGCGAUUUGAAUGGGCCUGGCAACAGCCGAAAGAAUCCCGUCGAUUGCGGCACAUGGAUGAUUUGAAACGUCGAAAGGCGGGCGAAAGUUUUUUUGAUCUCAAUUUCCGUAUCCUGACUGAAAUGCUGCGAACACCGCCUUGGAAUCGACUUGCUCUGACGGUACGAUGGUUGGCUCCAGAGUUUGCUCGUGAUUUUCCGAUGACCAAAUUGCCGCCGAGCCAAAUAUUAAUUCGACAAGGUCACAUCGUGUUGAAGAAGCCAAAAAAGGCACUUUCUUGUGCUGAUGAUGAACUAGGAUCUCAAAGCCCAGUCAAAUGCAUUAUUUGUGAUAGAUUCAUAGGUGAAACCGACCGUGUCAACUGUACAAAUUCGGAUUGUACUCUGGCCACCCAUUUGAUAUGCUUGAGUAAACGAUUUCUGGAGCCAGGCGAAUAUGUACCAAUCAAUGGAUCAUGUCCAAAAUGCCAUCAAAUGAUGCUCUGGAGCGACGUGGUGCGCAAAUUUAAAGGCUACUCCGAUGCCAUUGUUCUAGCCGAUGACGAUCAAUCGUGAUUUUACACACCUUCUUCGUACUUAAUUCUAUUUUUCAACGAGUUUAUGCCGACCGUAUGGAUCUUUUGGACAAAAUCACACUUCAAGAAUAAAGAGGUGUGAACGGCACUCCCAUCACAAUAUUACAAACUCAUACAUCUAAUAGUUAAGAACAUUUUUCAGACUUUUGCAUGUGUUUCAAAAAAAGUUCAAUGAAUGUUGUUCAAUAUAUUAUGAUAAUCACUGAAAUAAAUAAAAUGCCCAAAAUAAACUCAAA